AUCCUCAGCCUGUUAAAUGAACAAGAAAUGAGGUCAGUGGUUCCAUCGUCGGCCAUCAUCCCACGGACAUUUGUUCUAAAGCCCGGUAUGAGUCUGUUUGUGGGGGGCGUGGCCAGGGUCGACUUCCUGCAGGGUCAGAAGUCCUGCUGGUUUUCGGUCGUGGCAUCCAGUCGUCUCCCGAUUCACGUCACAAGUCUUGAAAAAGCAGACAGCGUUUACGCAAAACACGCUGGGCAUGUCCUGCUUGGGGUGCCCAUGGGCGGACCGGAGCGGAUGAAGGAGUUUCCUGCGUUGGUCCCUCAGGAGUUCAGGUUGGAGGGACGAGGUUACCUGGAGGCAGCUGCUGACCUCAAACUGUCAUCUGCAGGUUGGGUCGCUGUGACGGCGGUGGAAGGUGAUCAGGUGAUACUGAGGUUGCAUAGUCCGCUGAUGGCAGGUUUCAGUCUGAGGACGCCACCGAUGCUUCCUCACAUUGUUUCUCUGAAAGGAGAACGCAUCCGAAAAUCCACAGCCUACAAAUUGAUGAAGCCUCCAGGGCUAAUGGACGAUGGCUUGUCGGCCAGAGGAGCCAAGGGGCAGCAGGUGAAGAGGAAGUGAACCUGCAGACAGGUGGACACAGGAACAGACUCACAGAACAGGAUGCUUUUUAAAAAUGCCUUUAUUUAAAAAAGUGGCAGAAUAAAGUAUGAAGUUAAUGUUUAUUAGAGCUCCCCCUACCUGCAGACAGAGAACACAACAGUGAUGUCAGAGGUCACUGGAAACUAAAUGCUAACGUCUCAAAAGAUUCAUGAGGUUCUGUUUGACUGUUUAAUUUUGAAAGUCACAUCUGUGGUGUUUUAUUUUGAAAGUCCUCUAGUUUGAUUUUAGUUUAGGCAAUAACCAAUGUAUAGUUGUAAUUACAGUUGAUAUUAAAGAGUCUGAAUUACAUCAUAUGACAUGUUUGAUUGAAACCCAAUGUUUUCACGUGGUUCCUGUUUCCAUGGAGACAAGUCGUCACUUUGGCUUCUUGACUAAAAGAGAAAAUAUUGCACCAAUUUAUUUACAUUUAUUGUUUUUCCUUGAGCAACAGUUUUUAAAGGUUGAUAAACAUUAAACUAAUUAUUGGUUCUGA